AUGGCUGACGGCGAGCCUGUUCGAGAUGUCAAGAACCACCUCCUCUUCGAGAUUGCUACCGAGGUAGCCCAUAGAGUGGGUGGCAUCUACUCCGUCAUCAAGUCCAAGGCGCCCGUGACCACCGCCGAAUAUGGAGAUCGAUAUACGCUCAUUGGACCGCUCAAUCACACCUCUGCGGCCGUCGAGGUCGAAGAAAUGGAGCCGACCAACCCAGAGAUUGCCAAGACCAUGCAGGCCAUGAAGGACCGAGGCAUCGGCAUGUUGUACGGCCGAUGGCUUAUCGAAGGGGCUCCUAGAGUCUUGCUGAUUGACACCAAAACUGCCUAUGGAUACAUGAACGAGUGGAAGACGGAUCUGUGGAAUAUUGCAAGCAUUCCCUCCCCGGCUAGUGACGACGAGACCAACGAAGCCAUUGUGUUUGGGUACUUGGUGGCAUGGUUCCUGGGAGAGUUUGUCUGCCACGAAAAGAAGCGAGCCGUCAUUGCUCACUUCCACGAAUGGCUCGCCGGUGUUGCCCUGCCUCUGACCAAGAAGCGUCGCAUUGACGUCACCACCAUCUUCACGACGCAUGCCACUCUCCUCGGACGAUAUCUUUGCGCCGGCUCUGUCGACUUUUAUAACAACUUGCAGCACUUCGACGUCGACGCCGAAGCCGGCAAGCGGGGCAUCUACCAUCGAUACUGUAUCGAGCGCGCAGCCACACACUCUUGCGACGUAUUUACGACCGUGUCUCACAUUACAGCAUUCGAGUCUGAGCAUCUGUUGAAGCGAAAGCCCGAUGGUGUCCUGCCCAACGGGCUCAACGUAACCAAAUUUUCCGCCGUCCAUGAGUUCCAGAACUUGCACCAGCAGUCCAAGGAGAAGAUUCACGACUUUGUUCGCGGUCACUUCUAUGGCCACUACGACUUUGACCCGGACAAUACCUUGUACGUCUUCACUGCUGGUCGUUAUGAGUUCCGAAACAAGGGUGUCGACAUGUUCAUCGAGUCUCUGGCUCGGUUGAACCAUCGCCUGAAGAAUGCCGGCAGCAAGAUGACGGUUGUGGCCUUCAUCAUUAUGCCGGCGCAAACGACGUCGCUCACCGUCGAAGCGCUCAAGGGCCAGGCAGUCAUCAAGUCGCUGCGGGACACCACGACCAUGAUUGAGCAGAGCAUCGGACGGAGGAUAUUCGAGCGGUCCCUCAAGUGGCAUGAGGGAGACUCAAUGCCCGACGAGAAGGAGCUCAUUUCUGGCCAGGACCGCGUCUUGCUGCGACGUCGGCUGUUCGCCAUGAAGAGAAGCGGCCUGCCGCCCAUUGUCACUCACAACAUGGUCAAUGACCAGGAGGACCCAGUACUGAACCAGAUUCGACGUGUCCAGCUCUUCAACCAUCCCUCAGAUCGCGUCAAGGUGGUGUUCCACCCCGAGUUCCUGAACUCUGCCAACCCCGUGUUGCCACUGGACUAUGACGACUUUGUGCGAGGCUGCCACUUGGGCAUUUUUGCUUCAUACUACGAGCCGUGGGGUUACACGCCAGCCGAGUGCACCGUCAUGGGUGUUCCCAGCAUCACGACCAACUUGUCAGGCUUCGGCUGCUACAUGGAGGAGCUGAUUGAGAACUCGAGCGACUACGGCAUCUACAUUGUCGAUCGGCGGACAAAGGGUGUCGACGAUUCGGUCAACCAGCUGACGUCGUACAUGUACGAGUUUUGCGGCAAGAGUCGUCGUCAGCGCAUCAACCAACGAAACCGCACCGAGCGCCUUAGCGACCUGCUCGACUGGAAGCGGAUGGGCAUGGAGUAUGUCAAGGCUCGUCAGCUGGCAUUGCGCAGGGCAUACCCCAACUCGUUUGCCGGCGAUGAGGAGCCCGAGGACUUUAUUCCGGGCGUCGAGCAGAAGAUUUCUCGGCCAUUCUCGGUGCCCGGCUCACCGAGGGACAAGAGCGGAAUGAUGACGCCAGGAGACUUUGCCAGUCUGCAGGAAGGUCGCGAGGGUCUAAGUACCGAGGACUAUGUCGCGUGGAAGUUGCCUGCUGAGGAGGACCCUGAGGAGUACCCCUUCCCUCUGACCCUGCAUACCAAGCAGCCCGGUGGUGAGAGUCCCUUGCCACCAGCUGCCCUGAACGGAAACUAG